CAGCCCCGGGCGCUCCGGCCGGCGCGAGCCCGCGGAGGGGGCGCCGGGGGACCGAGGUGGGAACUGUCAAAUAGUGAGCCAUGGAGGGGUUCGGCCGGCGCGCGCGCCGCGCAGGCGCAGUGGUGCGGCGAUGAGCUGGGCGAAAUUGUGAGCGGCUCGCUCGCGCACUCUGCGGCUGCGCCGUCGGGCCGCUCCCCCGGGUCCCGGGACGUGGGUGGGCUGUAAUGGGGCUGGGGUCCGCGUGAGGCGGGGAAGGCUGACUGGCCUGGACUUGGGUCCUUCUUCCCUGCCCUCCCUGGAAUCAGAGAAGCCAGACUCCCUCGUCUGCGUGCAGGGAGUGCCUGUUUCCUUCAAACAGCGCUUUGGGGCUGCAAAAAGCUCCCCAUUGCUGGGAGUGUGCAAACCGAGGCCGGGAAGCUUUUCGUUGUUUGAGUACUUGUGCCACGCCCUGAGCAGGGCCCUGCUCCGCGACAGAGGGAACCGGAGGAGGGGACAGGCGGCCCCUGGGAUCUGAUUUCUGGAGUUUCCCAAUCAGAUGCAUCUCUAGAAGUGCAGUGUUUUCCAGCCGAGAGGUCCUUUAGCGACCGUUCUGGAGGCUAGUAGAGCGGUGUAGAGCUUGGGCCUUAGGAUCAGAGAUAUCUGGGCUCAAGUUCGGGCUGAGGCUUGGUGCAAGUGACUUCGCCUCUCUGUGCCUCAGUCAGUUCAUCUCUAAAGUGGGACUGAUCACAGUGCGUUCCUUCUAGUGGCGAUGUGAGAAACAACACGAGGUGUGAGAAAUGCUGAGUGCCAUGCCUGGGACACAGUGAGCAUUCAGCAUGGAACUGCAGUUAAUAUUGUCUUCCCAGGACCCUCAGGUCCAACCCACCCUCCCUGGGAACUGCUCCAUGAGCCAUGCAUGCCCUUUGACCCCAGAGUAGCCACGCAGCGUCCAAUCUCUGAUGGUGAUCUCUCUGGCCACCUCCUUGCCUACCUGAGCCUCAGCCCUGUAUUUGUCAUUGUUGGUUUUGUGACCCUCAUCAUAUUCAAGCGGGAACUGCACACGAUCUCAUUCCUCGGGGGCCUGGCACUGAACGAGGGGGUCAACUGGCUGAUCAAACACGUCAUCCAGGAGCCACGGCCCUGUGGAGGCCCCCACGAGGCAGUGGGCACCAAGUACGGGAUGCCCUCCAGCCAUUCCCAGUUCAUGUGGUUCUUCUCCGUCUAUUCCUUCCUUUUCCUGUAUUUAAGAAUGCACCAAACAAACAACGCCAGGUUCCUGGACUUGCUGUGGAGGCACGUGCUCUCCCUGGGUCUUCUCACCGCGGCCUUUCUAGUCUCCUAUAGCAGGGUCUACCUGCUGUAUCACACCUGGAGCCAGGUGCUCUAUGGGGGCGUUGCUGGGAGCCUCAUGGCCAUCGCCUGGUUCGUCUUCACCCAGGAGGUCCUCACCCCGCUGUUCCCUAGGAUAGCAGCCUGGCCUAUCUCUGAGUUCUUCCUCAUCCGAGACACGAGCCUCAUUCCCAACGUACUCUGGUUUGAGUACACGGUAACCCGGGCAGAAGCCAGGAACAGACAACGUAAGCUGGGGACCAAACUGCAGUGACCGGUGAGUGUGGCUGGGUCCAGCCUCCAGAUCUGGCCUGCAUGAUGCCUUGCAGGAUGGACAGAAUGACAGAGGGUUGAAGCAGAGACCUCUACAGACCCAAGUCACCAAGUGGAGCCUUUUUUUUCUUCUUUUAAUUUUAAUGAACAAGGUGGACCAAAGGGCUGAGCCGGCCCCUCAACCGGGACCCUGGAGGGCCUGCUGCCAAGGGGCACACGGCCAGAGACCCUCGCUGUGCUGCUGCCAGCCCCUGGUCAGGCGGAAAGCGCCCUCGGCAUGGGCACCGGGGUGUGGCGUAGAGAGGAGGAGGGCUUGCACCCCUGGUCGCAGGGCCAGGAAAUCCAGGUGGCGUGAAAAAUACACACUAUUUAUUUUUUGGUUUUGUCAAAGGCAGAUGGGCUUUUGGGGACGGGGCGGGAAGGGCCCAUCUGCUCUGCCCUGGAUGCCCUGCACACAGAGGAGGGGCUGAGGUCAGCCUCCCCGGAGCCCUUUGCCCUGGGCCCAGGGGACAGACCGCCGCUCCCUGGGCCUGAGAGGUGGCCUGGGGGCCCAGGAGGAGACGAGCACCCCCCCCACGCCCUCCGUGCCACCAAUGCCAUUCCAGAACUUCGUUCAGUGUUUCCUUGUCUGGGGGGCAGGGCCCAGAGAGAGCGCGCAUCUGGCGGCUGCUAUCAUUGUUCUCUACCCCAUAUCGACCCUGCACCACAAGGGCUUUCUCCGGUCCCCUGUCCCCAAGACAAUGGUCCCCUUCUGACAAAAGAGCCUGCACAUGUGGGUGAGCAAACCCAGGCUGUUUACAGCUCUUUUUUUGUCCUGCCAUCUAGUAGCAGUUAGUUUUCAUCUCCACCCCAACAAAGGGCAGAGGAACCAGGAGCCGGGUGAGGGGAGUGGAGCCGUGGGUGCGUGAUGUCCCUGUCCUUCCCUUUCCUUCCAUGUGCUCUGAACGUUCCCUUGUCCUUCCUGAUGCCCUCCCGAGAGCCUGGGCACCUGCUCGGGUGCCCUUAAGCCCGUGUCCGGGGUGUGGGUGCCCAGAUCCCCACUGUCCAGCAUGGAACCCGAUCUCUGAAGUCUGACUCUCAAAUGGAGUUGUGGAGAAGAGAUGCUUCCAGACUCUUUGGAAGUUUCGAGAAUUGAACCAAGCUGCUCGGGAGCUGUGUUCUACACCCCCCCACCCCACCCUUUUUUCUUUGUGGAGGUUCCUAAUCUGCUGCUGAAGCACAAUAUUCCGGUGCUUUCUUUUCUCAUUUGGUAAAGACAGUGUCCAAAAGCCAUUCCGGAUGCCAGGACCAGGGGCCUAUUUCUGGGGAAGGUUGGUCAGUCCCCACGUUUUCCUCCCCUUCCCUUCUUACUUUUAUUUUUUACUUUUUGCCUGAGACAAGCCAAGUGUGAGGUGGUUUGAUUUAAGAAAAAAUCAAUGAAAUUGUUUACUAUUGUUUUAAAAUAAAAUCUUGAACUCUG